GGAGGAGAAGCUCAAUGACGUAAUAUUCUCUGCGACAGAAACGCCGUGAGUCGUCGCACAGAGCUGUAGCAUGUAGCAUGUAGCUGCGGUUCCACUGCCACUUUACCGGGUUUUUCUUCGAGCUGUGAGACUCCACGGCUCAUGUGCGCGUCAACGCGUCGACAGGAAACGGAAGUUAAAGUCGCCCUGAGUCUCACACACAGGCAGUUAGCUCUUGUUAGCUAAACCUGGUCGUUAGCUCCCUCUGCCGCCGCUGUGCUUGUUGUGUUUGCGGGGUUUCAGGUGACGAUGUGACGGUCCCGCCGUGUCCCGGUGUCUGCGGAGCUGUGCAUGUCCCGGCCUCCCCCCGCAGGUGGAGGAGGGCAGGCGGAGGAGGGUCUGCUGAGCUCAGUGUCGGGAGGAUGGAGACCUGGACCCCCAACCCCCGAGCCAAGCCCUUCGUCCCGCGCCAACAGAGGAGCCUGUACCUCACCUGGAAAUACAAACUGACCAACAAGAGGACGAUCCGGCGCUUCUGCCAGGCCGCUGCUGUGCUGUUUCUGCUCAUCACUGUCAUCGUCAACAUUAAACUCAUCUUGGACACAAGAAGAGUCGCUAGUGAAGAUGCAGCAGCCCAAGAAUAUGAGGACACUGUACCAAACAUGGAGACUCCACGCAGACCGGCGAAGGGACGCAAGGUCCUGGACAUCGAGGUGUACUCCAGCCGCUCCAAGGUCUACGUGGCAGUGGAUGGGACCACAGUUCUAGAGGACGACAUGCGGGAACAAGGCAGAGGAAUCCACGUGAUAGUUCUCAACCAGGCAACUGGUCACGUCAUGGCCAAGAGGAUAUUUGACACAUACUCUCCCCACGAGGAUGAAGCCAUGAUCCUCUUCCUCAACAUGGUGACCCGAGGCAGAGUUCUCAUCUUCACUAUAAAGGACGAGGGCACGUUCCACCUGAAGGAAGCUGCUAAGAACCUGCUGAAGAGUCUCGGCAGUCAGGCGUCCCUCAUCCUCAGCUGGAGGGACAUGUGGACGCUGGUGGUGAAGAAAGGAGGUCAAGUUUACGGAGAGAAGCACUCAAAGUCUCCAGCUCUGUCCACCUGGGGAGACCCGGUGCUGCUGAAGACCGAGGUGCAGCUCACAGCCUCUGAAGAGGCAGAGUGUCAUUGGGCCGACACUGAGCUGAACAGGAGGAGGAAGCUCUUCUGCAGCAAAGUGGAAGGAUACGGCAGCAUCUGCAGCUGCAAGGACCCGGCCCCCAUAGAGUUCAACCCCGACCCUCUCCCCAACAGCAAGGUCUUCGGUGUCCCUGUGGCCGUGAUCGCAGGGAACAGACCCAACUAUCUCUACCGAAUGCUGAGGUCACUUCUUUCAGCUCAUGGCGUCAACCCGCAGAUGAUCACCGUCUUCAUCGAUGGAUAUUAUGAGGAGCCCAUGGAUGUUGUCGAGCUGUUUGGACUGAAAGGAGUUCAACACACACCCAUCAGCAUCAAGAACGCCAGAGUAUCACAGCACUACAAGGCCAGUCUGACUGCAACCUUCAACCUUCACCCCGAUGCUAAUUUUGCCAUUGUCCUGGAAGAAGACCUGGACGUCUCCAUCGACUUCUUCAGUUUCCUGAGUCAGACCAUCCACCUGCUGGAUGAGGACGACAGUCUGUACUGCAUCUCCGCCUGGAACGAUCAGGGCUACGAACACACAGCGGAGGACCCGGCUCUGCUCUACAGAGUGGAGAGCAUGCCCGGCCUCGGCUGGGUGCUGAAGAAAAGCCUCUACAAGGAUGAACUGGAGCCAAAAUGGCCGACACCUGAGAAGCUGUGGGACUGGGAUAUGUGGAUGCGGAUGCCGGAGCAGAGGAAAGGCAGAGAGUGCAUCAUCCCUGACGUGUCCCGCUCAUACCACUUCGGCAUCAUCGGCCUCAACAUGAACGGAUACUUUCACGAGGUUUAUUUUAAGAAACACAAGUUCAACACUGUUCCCAACGUGCAGCUGAAGAACGUUGACGGCUUAAAGAAAGAUGCGUAUGAAGUGGAAAUCCAAAAUCUGUUGAAGGAAGCGGAGGUGCUGGACCACACCAAGAACCCGUGCGAGGACUCGUUCCUUCCGGACUCUGAGGGGAAGGUCUACGUCAUGUUCAUUAGGAUGGAAUCUGAGACGGACACGUCCACGUGGACAGAACUUGCCAAGUGCCUCCAUGUUUGGGACCUGGAUGUACGAGGAAACCACAGAGGCCUGUGGCGGCUCUUCAGAAAGAGGAAUCAUGUCCUGGUGGUGGCUGCGCCGAUCUCUCCAUACUCGGUCUUCUACUGUGCUGUGGCCUUGUGCUGCUGCAGAUUUCCCCGGGGAGCAUCAGGCAAAGCAACGGAGAGAGGAAACGCCAGCAGCGAGGGAAAUGUAUGCAAAUCCUCAGAGCACGGUGGAUUUCUGCAGCCGCUGUGGUUGACCAAGGACAAAUGUGGCUUCCUGUCCUCUGAGCUCGGACUUUCAUCAUCGUUUACAGAAUAAAUCAGAAGUAGAAGU